AUGACAAAGUCAUACAUAAUCAGCGACCAGUUGUCGGUGGACGAGAACAAGGUGGAGCGUCUCAGUCGGCCGUCCAGCGUCCACGUCACCCAAGACCGGUGUGGGGUCGGCGUCCUUCAAUGCUGCGCCAACGUCAAAAUGUUUACGACCAACUUCGCCCUCAUCAUGUUGACGCAUAGCAUUAUAUAUACCUAUCUCAGCUCUGUAAUCACAACCAUAGAGAAACGCUUCGGACUAAACAGCACGCAGACCGGUCUCUUGGCGAGCGUCUACGAAAUAGGUUCCAUUGUCAGUAUAAUAGUGGGGACUUAUUUAUUAAGCCGCGUUCAUGUGCCGAGGUACAUCUCCAUUGCAACAGUUAUUGCCGCCAUUGGAGCGUUGGGUAUGGCAGUCCCGCACUUUGCGUAUGGGUCGGGUGUGACAGAGUUUGUGGAUAAUAAUUCAACACAGCAGACGACAUUCGCGUUGUGUGGGAACUCCUCCAAUAGUAACUCUUCUUGCGAGUCAAGUGCAAUAGAAAUAACGCAAGAGUCCAGCAUGGCGUUCUUGAUGUUCAUACUGUUCCAGUUGUUAAACGCUCUAGGGUUUGCCCCUGCCUACCCUCUCGGGGUGACUUACAUAGAUGAAAAUGUGCCCAAUACCCAAACGGCGGCAUACUCGUCUAUCGUGUUUGGCGUGAACAUUAUUGGACCUGUGAUUGGGUUCGUCUUAGGGGCAGUAACACUUGCCUAUUAUGUAGACUUUUUGGAAGGAUUCAGCCUGCCCAGGUCGCAUCCUCAGUUUAUAGGAGCCUGGUGGUUAGGCUUUGUCAUCAUCGCUGGCUUGUCUUUACUCUCAGCACCCUCUAUGGCUUUGUUUCCCCGCCACAUGCCUAGCAGGAAGCACACUGACAAAGAAGAUGGAACGGCGAAAGAGAAAUCUUUCGCAAAACUAGUUAAAGAAUUUCCCCGCUCUGUCAAGCGACUGUUCACAACGCCGCCAUUUUUGUGUGUGACUCUUGGGAUAUGCUGUGAAUUGUGGAUGGUUGGAGGGUAUAUGAUAUUUCUACCAAAGUAUCUGGAGACGCAGUUCAAGGCACCGGCGUUCCUAGCCACUCUGAUAACAGCUUUUGUGGCAGCAGUUGCCAGCGUUCUUGGAAUCCUCCUUGGUGGGUUCCUGGGGUCAAAGUUCAAGUUUCACUCCCUCCAACAUGCCCGGAUGUUACUGUUUUGUAGCGUGGUCAGCACGCUGUUGUUUGUGGCUCUCUUCUUCCUGGGCUGUCCCUCGCUGGACAUUAAGGGCCUGGAGGGUGUUAACUUCUUUCUGAAACAGGACGACAGCACAGUGUUUAAGGACUGCAGCUGCGUCUCUGGUACCAAUCAGACGGCUGUCCUUGGCGGCUGUGACACAGGGUGUAAUAUGCUGUGGCAGUUCUCCGGGGUCGUGUUCGUGUUUGCCUUCAUUGCUGCUAUGAGUAGUCCGUCAGCUAUUGUUAUUACUCUAAGGUCAGUACCAAAGGAUUUCAGAGCGUUUGCUUAUGGAAUGAACGAGGCUAUUGAGGGCGUGCUGGGCAACAUCCCGGCUGCCGUAUUGUAUGGUUACGUCAUCGAUGGCACGUGCACACUGUGGAAGACCUCUGAGUGUACCGGUGAAAAGGAAAACUGUCUGCUCUACGAUAACACAAACUACCGGUUACAUUUCCACGGUCUCACCCUGGGCAUCAAGGCUCUAGGUGCUCUCAUUUACUUCCUUCUUUGGUGGAAGAGUCACGGCCAAUGGACGUAUUACUGGGACGAUGAUGAUGAGAAGGCAGAUAACGAAAGUGAAAGUGGUGAAAAAACCCCCCUUAUCUCAUCGGACUCGGAAAUUACACCAGAUACGAAAAUGUGAUCUAAGUAGGUAUGCUGAUGUAUUUGGAGUGUCCGGGCAAUUUGUCCAGAAGAAGUCUAAUGUGGCCGAAAAUGAGGCAGAUUUGAAAUGAAAAAGAUCGAUAUACAGACAACAGUAUAAGUAUUUUGGUGUAUGAGGCAUCCGGCUUAGUUAAUUCUCAUUUGAACAUAUUCUUGUAGGUUUUACAUGUACAGAGUUUUGGUAGAA